AUGGGACGUGUGGCCAUCGUUCAGCUACUGCUUGAUAAAGGCGUCGAGAUCAGCUAUGAGGAUACGGAUGUCUCAUCAUUACUGCUAAAUUCUACUGAAAAUGGAUGUAUAGAUAUCAUCCAGCAUAUUCUCAACAAAGAUGCGCAAUGUGAGACGUCUGUUCUCAUCAUGCUCGACUCGUUAUUUCUAGCAGUGGAAUUGGGACGUGCAGCUAUCGUCCAGCUACUCCUCGACAGAGGCGCUGACAUCAGCCAUGAGGCUACGGAUGUCUCGUUAUUCCCAUCAAACGCAUUCACAGAGAGAUCUAUGGUCAUCAUCCAGCAAAUUCUUGACAACGAUGUGCAAAUUGGGGCCUCUGCUGUAGUCCUGCCCACACUGCUGCUUCUGGCAGUGGAGAUGGGGCAUACGGCUAUCGUUGAGCUACUGCUCGACAGAGCUGCUGAGAUCGGUUUGCGCAAUAGACAACUAUGGGUGCCACUACUAUCAGGCGCAAUAGAGGUGGCGACGGAAUUUACUCAUACAGUUAUUGUUCAGCUGUUGAUUGAGCAUGGGCACUAUAUAUGA